GCCACGAAGGGACAACAGGGGGCCAACUUGCUAGCUCUUUCCGAGGUUGAUAGUCCACUUCUCUCGGCAGGUCGAGCCUGUGGCAUUGGCCACAAGCUACCUGUGUGGCACGACACAGUCUGAAUCUAGUGGCUGGCAGCAAACUGGACGGUAGGAAUGACAUCAACGUAGCCACAACGCCUGCAAGAAGAUGCAGGAUUUGUUGGAUUGUCACCUCAGGAAAGGAUGAAAGUAAGAAUGCAUGAAAAAGCCAAGAAGAAGACAGCUGAGAAGUACUCCGUGCAACAGCUACUAGAAAAGACAGAGGAGUGCCUGGAUAGUUUUGACUUUGAGAUGGCUGCCCUUUUCUGCCAACGAGCCCUGGAUGUGGACUCCAACAACCUGCAAGCUCUAGACAUGCUUGGACACAUCUGCACUGAACUAGGAGACACACAGAAAGCUAAGGGAGUUUUCCUUCGUGCAGUGGAGCUGAGCCCAGAUGAAGGCCACAGUAAGUACAUGUACCUGGGACAAAUCCACUCAGGCCAGGAGGCUGUGGAUUACUACACUAAAGGAAUACAAGUCCUGCUGUCUGCAUUGGACAAACAAGCACAGACCAAACAGGCUCAGGCUGGAGCUGCUGCCGCAAGAGACGAGGACUCGGAGCUCCUCACAGCGAAGGAUGUUUGUGUAGCCUAUUGCUCCAUUGCUGAGAUUUACCUAGCAGACCUCUGCAUGACAGAGGGAGCUGCAGACAAGUGCAAAGAGUUCAUUGAGAGAGCAUUACAGUAUCACCAUGACAACCCUGAGGCUCUACAGCUCAUGGCCAGUUACCUGUUCAGUACAGAGAGAAACCAGGAAGGCAGAGAAUACCUGUUGAAGAGUGUCGGAUUGUGGCUACCUGCCCAGAAACAGAGUGCUGCUUCUUUCAGCACAGAGGAAGACAUGCAGAAUGAGAUUCCUCCGUACGAGUCUCGCAUUACCACAGCCAAACUGCUCGUCGAGUCCGAGGAAUACGAGAUGGCGGUAGAUGUGUUGGAGGGGCUUCUGGAGGAGGAUGAUGAAGUUGUCCAGGUAAAGUGAUAACCCAGUUGUUUUCAAAAAUUAACAGCUGAUAGCAACCACUACAACAGCUUCA